UUUGGUGUCAAAAUGGCGGAUAAGGCGAAGGAAAGACCUGCACAUGGAGGUAUUCCCGAAGCUAUAUUUGUAGAAGAUGUCGAAAAAUACAUGAAAGAUCCUGCCCAUACAACGGCUGAAACCGUACUACAGUCUCUUGAUGAGCAACACCAGAAGUACAAGUUCAUGGAACUUAAUUUGUUGCAAAAGAAAAAGAGGCUGAUGGCUCAAAUUCCAGAUAUUAGAAGCACUUUAGACAUUGUAAAACAUUUGCAAGGCAAAAAGACUUCUCCUAAUAUCAUAGAUACUCAUUUUCUAUUAGCUGAAUCGGUUUAUGCUAAAUCCAGUGUGGAACCCACAGAUAAAGUGUGUCUCUGGUUGGGGGCUAAUGUCAUGUUAGAGUAUGAAAUUGACGAUGCACAGCUGCUCCUUGAGAAGAAUCUAACUGCUGCAAAUAAUACACUCUAUCAGGUUGAUGAUGAUUUAGAUUUUCUUCGUGACCAGUAUACAACAACUGAAGUCAACAUGGCUCGGGUGUACAACUGGGAUGUAAAGAGGAGGCAAGCUGCUGGGUUGAAAUAAUUGAAUUCUAAUAUCUAUUUUGCAUCAAUAGUUGCUCGUUUUUUACUUCUUGUCCAUUUUGAUCACCAAGCAUAUACCGCUGAGAAAAUGUACAGAUAUUUGUAACUGUGUCAUUGAUUGUUUAUUUCAUUUCAAUAUAUAAAUUGCUUACCCUGAUAUCCAGAACUGUAUGGUAGACAAGUCAAUGCUAUGUUUGCAACAAUAUUAAAAACUUUGUUUUUAUGUCGCUUCUAAAUUAUUGUAAUAUUUUUUAGUAUAAAAGCAGUGUCCAUAGAUAUCCAGCA